AGUUAAACCUUAAACCUAGUCAACAACCAAUGUUGUGGUUUUUCCUGUGAAAAUCUGUAUAAUACAUUACAUAUUUGGUGAAGGGCCCAAUAUCUUUGGAUGUAGCACGUGCACAUGAUUGUUUGGCUAGCAAUGCUAAUCGGCUAACUGUUUGUUAGCAUGUGAAACACUUAACACUACUAACGUGAUGUUAGUGAAGUUUUACACAUUGGCAGAGUUUUUCUUAUUUGUGAAUUUGCAUGGCUAUCGAUUCUGAAUUUGUGUUGUGAAAGGCAUUUUGCAAGUUGUACCACUAGCUAGUUGGUUAGCUGGUUGUCUCGCCGCCAGCUGAUGACUAAUGAUUUUCAGCCAGUUGAGGACACGGCCAUCCGCUCUUUUUUUCCCCCAAGAAGCAUAUGGCGUUUUUAAAAGAUACACGACUUUUAGGUCCAGUUUUUUAAAUAUAAAAAUAUUUCUUUUGAAUUUGAUUCGAUUUGUUGUUUUAGAUAACAUCUCCAACCAACGUUUUUGCUUGCAGGUGAACAUUUACAUUGUAGCUGUAGUCUACUUAUUUUUUAACAAACGACUGUUCUGUAAGGGGAAGUUUUAUUAAGAGCCACAACACUUACGUCUGAACGUUACGCCUUGAUCUGACCGACAUCAAUGCUGCGUAAUACAUUCUGCAGUCAAACUUUUUUCAUUAUACAAUCCAAAAUGUUUUGUGGAUAUGUGUACAGCAGAAAUUCAAUAUUCACCUUUUUCUACUGUUUCUUUAAGUCUACGCUAUGGAUAAAUCCAACGUAUGCAUCACAACGAACGCACCGCAACUGCCUCUGCAAUGCAAUGCUGCUGAGUUCCAUUGGAAGUGAAUGUACCUCUGGUGUACCAUGGCAACCGGUUGCUUUAAAACCUCUUAAGGAUCCGCCCCUUAUUUUUUAUUUUUUUUAUAGCUGAAAUGACAUACCUAAUGGACUGACUACAUCGCUAGCUUUGUGUGUGCAAGCGUUGCAAAGUAAAUGUAGAAAUCUAUAUUAUUCAAUUAUUGCACUCACACUGCUUGCGCGCCAUCAUCUGGUUGUGAUGUAAGUCGCCUUCUGCUACUAUUUCCGUUUUACAGCAUACGGUCGGCCGCGUUCGAUAUUUCCAACGUAGGGUACCACACAGAAACGCAACUGCCUCUGCAACGCUACAAGGCGAACUUCGACGUUACGUUGGAAACAAAUGUAAUUCUGGUGAUACCAAAAAGGCGAUGUCGCUGUCGGUGUGUUCGCCAGCGUGCGUCAAAUUCGGUGUUCUGUAGUAACUUGUGUUCUUCUAAAAACCUAAAGGUUAAAUGAAUAAAUUAACCUUUUUUUUAUUUAGAUUCAGGGUAACCCACACGGCCAUGUUUACGGAAAACGGACCGAAGGCCGUCUGAAAACGCGUGUGUAAAUGUGCUGUUGCUGUCUACAACUGUGAUAUUAUUGUAUUUGUUCAAUUAUUUUGAUGUGAGAUUUAUGUUUCUAGAUUUAUGUUUCUAGAUUUAUGUUUCUAGAUUUAUGUUUCUAGAAUCGUACCGGCAAUUUUGAUAAUUCUAUUUAUUGUUUAGAUGGAUUAUUUGUCUCAUUUGGCUUCUAGAGCCAGUUAACCUUUAAACAGAACAUGUAAGAUCUAUUAAGGAGUAAAGUUAGGCCCCGUUCGUCCAGCAUAGGGCUUAAUAAUAAUAAAUACAAUGUUUCUCGCUAAUAGAUGUUGCUUUUUUAUCAAGAUUAUAGGCUCCGUUCCGCUGCAACAUUGUAGAAUCAUGUAUUAACAUAGUAAAAUGUAUUUAUAUAUACUUUAUAUAUACUUUAGCAUAACAUAGUAAAAUGUAUUUAUAUAUUGUAUUUAUAUAUACUUUAUAUAUACUUUAGCUGAAUCUGAUCCACAACUGUUACUUUAGCUACAGUAGUAUUUGAUACCAGCCCUGUUUUGAAUUUCUGAAUCGACUGUUUCUCUUUGUUUAUCCUUUUUGGUCAAUGUCGCUAUUAUAGUAUAUUAUAUUUUGUUUGUACAUGAUAUGAAGUAUCAAUAUCAGUUGUUGUUAAUGUCUAAUCUUUGUUAGAAAGCUGUUCACCUUUCUUUCAAAUUUCACUGAAACUGUGUGUUAAGUUUGUACGUUUUUACAAUGACCACCUAUUCCCCCCCCCCCCUUCCUGUCUGUUCCCUGUUUGCUUGCAGUUUUUAGUUUUCUCCAGUGAGAACACACGUGAACAAUCCUCUGUCUAGACCUAACCAACAGAAGCCCGAUGUUCUAGAAGUUGUGCUAGAACAGUUGACCUGGAUCGGAACUGAUUUUGAAAGUGCUUGUGUGAAACAAAAUGGAAACUGACCAAACUGAUCAAUCCCAAAAAGCCAGUCUUGUUUUCCAGUUUGAUUACUACUGUCUAUAGCCCUGUCACAGGACGAGUCAGAGAGAAGACCAACCAAUAAUCCUCCUCUCUGUGUCUUUCUCCUCUCCAACUCUUUCAGCUUUGCGUUGCUAUUGGAGCAUUGUGCUGCUCCCCUUUCGAGCCCGCUGAGUCUGAUUGGAGGGCUGGGAGUUGGAAUCCCGCCCCCGCAGCGCCUCUUAUGCCACGCCUCCCUGCUUCUGGCCCAGCUCAAAGCACAGCUCGCCAUCAAUCAGCUCGUUGCCGUGGGAAACAUCGCCAACGCCGUUACCUGCGCCAACCAUCCACUACCCUCCCCUCACCCCCAUCCUCCUCUUGCCCUCUUCCUCAACCUCUUGAAAGCGGCAUCCACCACCAAUAACAUGUACCAUCCCCUAUAUAAUCCGUUAGGGGGUCAGUACUCUUCACAAGCCCAGAGAACACCAGCUCAGAUGGGGCGGUAUGGACUCACACAAGCCCAGUCCGGGAUGGACCCUCUGUUGGCCUCACGCCUGGGUCUGGGCCCUAUCUCUGCUGGUGGUUCCUCUGGGUUUUCCAGCCAGGGGGGCAUGAUGUCCUCGAUGGGGUACAACCUGGGGCAGAGAUCAACCCCGGAGUUGGAGAUAGACCACCACAUCCGCUGGGCCAGAGAGGACGUGAGGCUGCUCAGCCAGAUGGUGCAGCAGAAACAGAACCAGCAGACCCAAAUGAAUCUUCGCCUGAAUCGCAACCCCGGGGAUGAGCUUUCGUCUAGGGUAGGGAUGGGUAGCUACACCUCUGGCCGGUCCUGCAGCGACCAGCAGAGCUCCAUGGCCUCCUGGUCUGGCCACGUGACCCAGUCUGCUUCCUCUAAGCUCUUCUCCUCCCCCCUCCCUCAGUCGUCCCCUUCCACCUCCCAGAUGUACCAAAGCCAAACCUCUGGGUUUGGUGGUGCGGGAGAGCCGGGACCCACCUCAAUGGGUUGUGAGGCGCCCCUGAGUGUCUCCGCCUCGUCUGUCUCCGAUCCUCCAGCCCGGUACACACCAGAGUCCGCCAGCAACAUCCUGGCGAGUUUUGGCUUGUCCAACGAGGACUUGGAGCUCCUGAGCCACUAUCCAGACGAUCAGCUGACCCCAGACAACCUGCCCUUCAUCCUCAGAGACAUCUGCAUCCGUAAGGCCAAUAGAAACAUGGAUGUGGACCAUCGGCAUGACAACAGACCCAGCCCGGGGUCGGACCACUUAGGUGGAGGACAGAGCAAAGUUAUCGAUUAUGGAAAUAUUGAUGCUUCUAAAUACGACAGUUAUGACAAUGUUCGAUCCAAUAGUUACGGCGGACAAGAGUCGAUGAAAUACUCUGUCAGAGACUCUCCAACCGGGACACCAUACGGCAGUUUUGGAAGAUCCAUGACCUCAGUCCUUUCCGAGCAACAGCAGAUUUGCAGCGCUGCAGUCCAGAGUUCUAUCUCUCUCCCCAAGAAUGACAACGACACUCGUAUCAGUCUUCCUCCGCCUUCCAGCCUAACCCAAAAGACCCUCAAAACCCACGACUUAUCUAAAGCGGCACCCAAACCUAUGAACAUCCCUGUCCACGGCGGAGACCAAGGACUCGACCGACUCCUCUCAUCUCAGAAUCGAGGCACUGCUCGAGGCCAGGUUCAGCCUCGGUCCGACCUGGUGGUUCUUAGUGGUGGAGUUGGAGGAGAUGCAAGACUCAAGAUCGGAGGUAUCCCAGUGGGGAUUCCUCCUCCCACGCCACCCCUCAUGUGGCCUCCCUUAUUCCCCGUCAUGAAUCCGUCGGUUCCCCCUCCCGGUCACGUUCCGGUGACUUGUCCGCCUCCUCAGAUGGGUCCGCCUCCUCAGAUUGGUCCGCCUCCCCAGAUUGGUCCGCCUCCCCGGAUGGGUCCGCCUCCCCCGGUGGGUCCGCCUCCCCCGGUGGGUCCGCCUCCCCCGGUGGGUCUGCCUCCCCCGAUGGGUCCGCCUCCCCGGAUGGGUCCACCUCCAUCGAUGUUCCAGCAGAUCAACAUCCCACCCCCAACGUUGAUGGUGCCGACGAGGUUGCCGGCCCCGACCACGAUGAGCGAUUACUCCGCAGCUUCUCCCAGAAUCUUUCCUCAUACCUGUUCUCUCUGUAACGUAGAAUGUGCCCAGCUAAAGAACUGGAUUGCUCAUCAAAACACCAGCCUCCACAUCGACAACUGCCGGCUGCUCAGGAAAUUGUAUCCUGACUGGAAUGGGGAAACUGUAUCAAGCCCUGCUGCCAGUAGAAAUGACAACAACCAGAGUUCCUCCAAACGUCGCCAGACCAUCUCCCGUUCUCCGUCCCGUUCUCCUUCUCCUCGCCUCUCCUCCUACCGCACCACUUCCUCCACCUCCUCUGCUCGCCGACCUCGAUCCAGGGAACGAUCCCGGGACCGUAGACCCAGCGCCGGCAGACGGCGUUCCCGGUCUCCUGGUUUGCGUCGGGAGCGUGACCCUCCGGCGUCGUCGUCUUCGCACCGGGACCAGGAACGUCGGCGUUCCCCCCAGACAGCUUCUUCAUCCCGGAGGAGGUCGCGUUCUAGGAGCUAUGAACGGGAGCGUCGGGAGGCGAGGAAGAGCAGCCCUCCAGGAGGAGGGAAGAGCAGACAGCAGAAGUCUAGCAGUGCUGAGAUACUGGCCAAGAAACUACUGGAGUCAUCUGCCGGCCUCUCCCUGACUAAGAACACCAGUCUAGAAGUUCUGAUGCAGUCCCUGGCCCCUGCUCUCCUGGCCGAGCUCGCCAAAAAGAAAGGAGCCACUUCUGCCAAGGGAGGUGCCGGCAAGGGAGGCCGCUCCUCCUCCCGGAAGACUGAAACGGGAACGUCCAAGGGUGGCAAGGGAGGCACCGGAUCUGGGAGGACAUCAAACAAGAAAUCCUCCUCGCCCUCCAAAUCAUCCUUCAAAUCAUCCUUCAAAUCGUCCAGCUCAGCUCCUUCCAAGACUAAGAAGAAGGGAGCACCAGGGACCUCCGCUCUGUUAAGACUGAAGAAUAUCCCCCAACACACAGCUCAUGAUGAGGUGGUGAAGGCCGUGGAACCCUUCGGAAAGAUCAACACCGUCAUCCAGCUCAAGCCCAUACAGCAGGCAUCCGUGUUGUUUGAGAGGGAGGAGGAUGCUAAGAAGCUGGCUAGCUGUAAGAACCUGACCAUCAAAGGCCAGACCGUCACCGUACUAACGGAGAAAGAUGCUCUGCUGGACGACUCCAAGGAACUGAGCCAAACCAACAAGUCUACCGAUGAAAAAAACUCUCCAGCAGCAAAGACCCACACCACCAAGUCAACCGCAACCAAAAUGUCUUCUACAUCCUCAACUAAACCGCAAACUGACUGUCCCAAGACCACACCCAAAGGGUCGAGGGUUAAUACCAAGGCUCAGCCAACCACGGCUAAGGGGGCUGUCCACACCCUCAUUCCUAAACUGCCUGGUUGUGGAAAUAAUAGCUUUGUGAAGAUCGAAGGUUUACCGGAGACUGGCUAUACAGAGGAAGAUGUUCUGGCUCUGGUGAAGCCGUACGGAUAUAAACCUGGACUCUACAACUGUUUCAUUCUUCCUGCACAGAGAUGGGCCAUAAUCCGUAUGGACGGAGUACAGAAGAGCUCUGUUAUGGUGACAAACUACACACAGUCUCCUCCCAAACUACUAGACUGUCCCCUCUCCUUCACGUUGAUCUGCCCUGAUACAGGCCUCGUUCAGGAGAAUGUCUACACAACGCUGAAGGGCCUCACCACUUCGGUUCAAGAGGUUCACGACCUCGUCAAGCGCUUCGGAUCCUACCUCGAUUCGCUAUCUCUGAUCAACAGGAUUUAUUUUGAGAUGGAGUCGUCCUCGAUAGCGAUGGCGGUAUGUCUUCAUUUCCAGAAGUUCCCCUGUGUAGUUCAGAACAAGCCUCUGAAGUUCAACAUGCUGGUCAAGGUUAAACACCCGGCUCAGCCGCAGCUCCCAGCCAAGAGGACACGUGUCACCAGUCAUUUCAGCACCAGAGCCAAGAAGAAGACGGUCCAAGGCAAGAAGCCUGUCGCUAAAGGUACAAGACCAGGUAAAUCUGUUCCUGCCACCACCUCUGCCACACAGCCCGUGGUUACCCAACACCCGGGAGAUGACGGAGACGCCGUCCAGUCCAGUGAGACCAUAGCGAUAGACUCCGACGCGACCGCAACGGAACCCAGUCCAGUCGUCAUGGACCCCAAAGACCUGAUGACGACCAACGACGACCAAACCGCUGCAAAACCGGAUGGCGAGAAUGGAGAAACCAUAGCAACCGCUACCGUUCGCGCUGCUAGCGUUGCUGGUUCUGUACCAGCACCGGUAACAUCAGCUCGCCCAGUGUCUGUAAAAGGUGAAGACAAACUGUUAGACUUCAGUCCGGUAACUCAGGAGAUCCUGAAGGCCCUGGAGGCAGCAGUGCACCAACAUCGCCUGGGGAGACAAGCCGAGGAACAAAGACAGGACCAGGGAGAGAAGGACCAGAAGAGCUCUGUAGCUGGGGAGAAGGGGGAGACCAACACCCCGGCUGGAGGACUGAACCAGGCCCCAGCUCAACCAGAGAAGAAGACUGGAGAGGAGACAGCGACACAGACUCAACCUGAGAGAAAUAGACCUGCGCUUUCUCUGAAGAAAAAAAAGCUACAACAUGAGAAGUCACAGACCGAUAAAAAGCCUCCAACCACACCAGCGAAGAAGACCACAACACAGACGGAAGGUGCAAAGAAACCACCUUCAGGCUCUGGACAACCAAAUAAGAAUCAGGGGAAGACCCAAGUCUAUGGAGGAAGAGGCAGGCGCAGGGACCAUUCUUCCCCAGGAAACAUAGACUCUUCCAGGCAUAGAAGCAGCCGGGCGGCCUCCGAGGAGGAGCAGGGUCCUCCGACGUCGAGACACGGCGACUCCUCUAGCUCUUCUUCUGGCUCCUGCAGGAGCAACAGACAGGACGGCAGUCCCGCCAAGAAGAAGGGGAGGAAAGAGGAGGAGGAGAUGAGCAAGGAUUUUGGCUACGUGGUGGAUGAGUUCACUUCCGACGUCAAUCCUAGUGACGCCAACCCAAUCGACCUGGACCAGUUCAACAUGGAUGAGUUCGUCACCGUGGACGAGGUGGAAGGGGAUGAGGCGGACAACGCCAACCCACCAGAAUCUUCAUCACCCAACCCACCAGAGCCAUCAUCUUCAUCACCCAAUACCCAAGAUGGCACCUAUGGAAGGUCGGAACGAUCAUCCAAACGCAAGAGGGGUACCCCUGAUACCCCAAUUUCUACUAUGAAGUCAAGCCAGGAGAAAGGGAGACCCCUGUCCAAAAGCACUCCCACCCCAUCCUCUUCUACCUCUACCCCCCCUGGACAGAAGACUCCACGACAAGCCGCAACAGCCAAAAAAACGCAGGCGGCAAAACCUCAACCACCUGCCACCUCCGGACGCAAGACCAGGUCGUCAACCGCAGCUGCUGUUGUCGCGACGGAAGCCGCAGAAACCCGAGAAACUGUCACUGACGAUGACCCCACAGUCAGGAUGGAAGCGGAGCCUCUUCCCGUGGAGCUUCUGUCUCAGCCAAUGGGGGGAGCAGCCGCUGCUCAGUUGGUAGAGGAAGUAGUGGUCACAAAGGGAAGUGACAUGGAGGGUGUGUUACCGUCAUCCGACCACAAGGUGUCAGUGUUGGGCACGGCAUUGCCGGCGAACAAGGAAGUAGAAAGUGCUGGGUCAGAGAUGGAGACUACAGCUGAAAAACCUCCAGAGGUAGACGGGAGCGAGGAGAAGGCCCAGGCUAAAAAAGGUGACUUGAUUCUGGGUAGCAAGGCUCAGAAUGAAGGCUGCACACUGGAGCUUGGCUGGACUGAUCCGUCUUCCACAGCCAAGGAGCAAGACCUUCAUACCACCCUAGAACUACAAGGGCUUGAGACGGUGUCGGGUUACCAAGUGCCCAAAGAAAAUGUGGGUUUACAGAUACCCAACAAAACCGUGAAUGACACCGUGGUGCCUGCAGAGGGUUCCCAGGAGCUCCAAACUACUCCAGAGGAACGCCAAGACGAAGAAGAAUCUGCUUUCCACAUCCUGGACUCUGUAGAUGAUCAGGUGGCUAUGACAGAAGCUCUGGAAAUCCAUUCUACUGAAUCUAAGGGUACCUCAAAACCCCAGAAAGCGAGUUACAAAAAGGGUAAGGGUAAUAUUCAAAAGAAGGUUGGCAAGAAGGAGGCUCAAACCCCUGAGAAGACACAGACCCCACCAGUGGAGUCAGAGAUGGGUGAGGGAGGUACCCACAAAAAGACUAACCGUGUCCCCUUGGAUGAGGUGAGUGAGGAAGAGGAGAGUUACCCUGACGACGCUGCCGAAGAGGAAGAGUUGAUGAAGAGAAAGAAACUGGCGAAGGAGAAACGGAGAGACCGAGAAUGGGAGAAGGAGAGGAGUACAAAGCGGGCGAGGAGCAGAGAGAAGGAGCAGGAAUGGAAGAGGGGGAAGGGGAGGUUCAGUGUGGACACGGAAUGGUUGGUGACUCUGGAUGAGAUUGGAGGAGAUGGGGAUGAGAGAGGAGAGGAUGGGGAUGAGAGAGGAGAUGGGGAUGAGAGAGGAGAGGAGGGUGCGAGGGAUCAGGAGAGCGGAAUAAAUGAGGCAGACCUUCAAGAAUUGGUCACUCUGGAUGAGAUCGUUGGCGAGGAAGGAGGGGAGGGUCCUAGCCCGGAGCCACACCCGUUCAGGCAGGAGGACGAAUCAGGAGACUCCUUCAACACAGAGACUAUGGUGACCCUGGAUGAGACUGGAAGUGAUCAUGAGAUGGAGGAAGUGCAGCCCAAGAAGUCUCCAGAACCAGCCCAGACCCGGCAUGCUGACAACACAGGUGAGGACUUUGUGGUUUCUGAGGCAGGGUUGUUCUGUAAGCUGUGUUCUCUGUCUGUGAGUGAAGACAAGAAGACCCACUGCAGCAGUCUACAGCACUGUCAGAACAUGCAGAAACAUUACCCGAAGCAUCAGAAGCAACAAGCAGGAGGUUCUAGCCAAGGCUCCGCCUCCAAGUGACCCCUGACCACACCCCUGGGUGUGUCUAAAAUGUGACCAUUUCCCCAGUGCUCUGGUUGAUAGAUAGGGCUCUACUAUAAUAGGGUGAUAGAGUGCAGUUUGAUAUUUCAGCUGGUCUAGGAUCAGGUCCCCCAUGUUCAUAUUGUCUUAUUCAUUAUGAUUUAAAAGGUGAAACUGGUCCUGGAUCAGCCCUCUCUACGUGGAUAUCGGGUCCAAUAUGACACAGAUUUUAGAUUCAUUUGUUUUGUUAGCUUUUUUUGGGGGUGGAUUUAAAUAUCAUUAAACUGUUUAAUUAAAUUUAAGUAACUCAGUCAGCAGAGACCAGACAUAAUGUAUGUAUACGGAGAAAGUAAUAAAUGUAGUUUUUAUUACGAA